AUGGACAAUGGUCCCGGCGCGUUGCCAGACUCGUUAUCAACCUCGGCCUCGAUAAUAAAGCCCCAAUUGCUAGAGACUCAUCUAGCGCUUCUCUCGUACUUACUUGACGAGUUCAGCAAUCAUGCUCGGUCGGCCAGAGAGGCGGGCGCUGAUCUGAAGCCCGUCUUCACGCGGCUGGGAGAAGGAGAAACCGAGGAGCGUUGGGCCUUGCUCAGAGACGAAGUUCCCGUGAAAACAACUCUCGACUCGUGUCUUUCCCACGAAGGAUUCCCCGAAUAUAUCGAUGACCAGUUAUCUGACACCAAGACAAUCCACAAGAGCAGCCCUAAAUUGAGUCGAAAUCCCAGCACGAGCAGCGCGCAGAGUGCGAAGACCGUCGUUAGCAUUAGAAGCAAGACAAGAGUCCGGAGCAUCUGUUCCGCUGGCAACUACUCCCAUGGGAGCGGACGCAUCUCACCGUCUCUAUCGCUUGACCGUUCUACUAGGAGGAAAAAGGAGGGCAAAGCUUUCGAGAUCAAAAUCCCGGCCAUGGGGCUUAAGCAGUCGAACUUGGAGAGGUAUCUCGAGAUGGAGGCGCCGGGUUACUUCAUUGAACUUGAGAAGUUAGUCAUUGCCUACACGCAAGCGACUGCAGGACGCAAGCGACUGCAAUCCACACAUGUGUUAGGAGACCGGACCCCUGGUCAGGGCUGCACUAGCUGA